AUUACUUUUGAUUAUUUGUUUAAUUAUUUUGAAAUAUUGUGAUGCUCAUGCUUUAAGCUAUCAGGAAAAUGGAUUUUAUAGGGAUACUCAAGUGUUUGGGACUGGUUGUAACCAUUGUCCUGCUCCUAAUUGGAGCGAUAAAUAUCUUUUCUAGACUACAGAGGCUUGAAAGCAUGGAUCCAAGUUUCAAACAAAUCGUCAAAUAUUUAUUCAUAUCUGCAUUAGUGAGCGAUACCAUGGGCUUGUUCAAUUUACUGUUGUCUGCGGCGUCUGGUGAAUGGCCGCUUGGAUUUGGUGCAUGUGAAAAUUGGGGCUUUGCAUCCACCACGAUGCUGGCUUUUACGGCAUGGAUGAUAACAUUAGCAGUAAUAGAAAGAUAUCUAGCUAUUUUGUCUCCAUCAGAAGUUCCAUCAGCAUUUUCACAAAGAAAUACACAAAUAAUGGCAGUAGGAAUGUUGUUCCUUGUCAUGAUGGCAGUCACCGGACCGUUCUAUGGAUUCGGAGAAUAUACUUAUCUUAGAGGGUAUCUGAAUGUAUUUGUAUUUUCAAAUAUAUCCUUACCUUUGCCUGUAAGUCACAAGGAGCACACGGAUGCUUUAAAACUUCAGAAUCUUCACGAACUAUUCAGCCAUCUUAGACACUCAUCUUACAGCUCCCCUAGAACGGAUAUGCUGUCAUUAAUUUCGCGUCAUAUACACCAGCACUUUGAUAUCAUUGUCGGCAAGGCGGAAUGGUUACCCCAUGGAAUUUUAUUCAGUAUCAGAGCAACAUCAAAGAAGUCUUUAGAAACGUUCAUGGAACAUUUGAAUGGUCAAUUUUUCACUCAGAAUAUAACAGAUUUGUCAUUUAUUGAAGACAUUGCAAGUACAUUAAAUAUAAGUGACACAGCAUUAACAGCACAUAUUGAGAUGCCGGAAUUUCAGAACUAUGUUCAGAAACAUCUUCCUGUUCAAGACAUGGGUAUUUGCACGGCAGAUAUAACAUCUCCAAGUCACCAUGUCAGUAUCUGGACAGGAUUUUAUGCCAGCACAGUAUUCAUUCUCCCAUACUGUUUGUCUCUUGGAGGACUAU